ACAUCAUCAGCACAUCAGACACAGCCUCCGGCUUCCUUGCAAGCCCCAUCAGACCGAGCCACGCGUCCCUCCAUCGUCGGCGAGGACAGUGGCCCCACGCCGCCCUUUCCCAUCUACCUUGCCGGGACGGUUCAGCGGGGCUUUGGGCGUGGAGGCAAAGAUCUGGGAUGCCCCACGGCCAAUCUCCCCUCAAAGCUACUCCAGCCGGCUGUCGAUGAGCACAAAGGCAGCGGGAGCGCAGCAGAGCAGCCGUCGCUGUCGCCCAUCGAUACGCGCGUCCACCCCAUGGUCAUGAGCUUGGGUUGGAACCCCUUCUAUGCUAACAAGACGAAGACAGCGGAGGUCCACAUCAUGCACCCCUUCAAGCGCGACUUCUACGGCCUGCAGAUCCAAGUCAUUGUUCUGGGCUACAUUCGGCCAGAGUACAACUAUGUUGACGUAGAGGCCCUCAAGAACGACAUCGAGACGGACAAGCAGGUUGCCAAUCGAUCUCUCGAACGGGCCACCUACUCUAGCUUUGCCUCGGAUUCUUUC